AUGGGAUCAUGUGAUGAGCUUAGAGCUUGGAUGAGGACGAAACCUUGGGCAUCGUGCGCGCACACACCAACCAUCGAAAGAUAUCGUUUUCUAGAAGGGCAACACAGGGAAUUCACAUCGAGUUUAAUUGCAAAGAAGAAAAUAAGAAGAAAAUGUCUGAAGACAACAACAUUCUGGAAAACGAUAAUUGGCGAUUUCGACUUGGAUGCAGUGAUUGAAUCAGAAAUUAUUAGCUUGGACAGUUCGGCCGCUAAACUUUUUGGCAAAGACGUCAAGUACAAGGUUUUAGCACAGAACACGGGUCAGUCGGAUGACAAUUUGGUUGUUAUUUCACAAACUCCUGUUGAAGGUUCACCGACUACAACUCCACGAUUGAUCGAUAAAGAUGAUCCAAGAUCGCGACUUCAUUUUGUCAAAUAUUUGAAACGAGAAGGAAAGACUGUCAAAAUUUGGGAAUGUGGAAUAUGCACAAAAGAGUUUAGACAUCAGUACACAUUGAUGCGACACCUACCAACGCACACAGACGAGAGAAACUUCAAAUGCGAAGCUUGUGGCAAGGCCUUCCGACAGCUCUCGACUUUGAGCCAGCACAAGGCCAUUCACAGCGACGCGAGGCCGUAUGUCUGCGAGUUUUGCAAGAAGACCUUCAACAGGGUCUCAACUCUUAUCUCUCAUCGGAAAACACAUUCUGAACACAAACCACACAAGUGUCACAUUUGUGGAAAGGGAUUUCAUCAGAAAGGAAACCUGAGGAACCACGUCUUCACUCACACGAACGAGAGACCAUACAAGUGCGAGCUUUGUGCCAAAGGUUUUAAUCAAAUGUCAAAUUUGGUGUGCCAUAAAGUCAAGGCUCAUGCUUAUGUGGAGAAGAUGCAAUAUGUCUGCGAAAUAUGCGAAAAGGAAUUCCCCCGGCGGUUCUCUCUUCGUGCUCAUGAGGAGCAGAAGCACGGUAUCAAAUACCGUAAUUCUUCUUCGGCAUCGGAAUCCUCUUCAAGUACGGAUAGUGUCAAAUGUAAAAGUGAUGAAACUUGUGGACUUGUGGACGAAUUGGAAAAUGAUGGAAAUUCAAUCGGUGACGUUAAGGAGAAGGAGACUAUAAAUUCGUCUUCCUUCGUUGACAACAUUAUGGUGGACAAAAUAAAUUCUAAAGCCAUGGAAACUGCUAUUCUCGAGGGACAAACGCCCUUUGCUCUCUUCAAACCCGCGAAAGGAAUUCCUGUUCUCGUUCGCAUUUCACCCGCCCAGAAUUCAAAACAUAUAUUGUCUCAUGCAACGGCCGAAGAUCUUAAAAUGAAUGAGAACGUAAUUGUCAAUCAAGAAGAUGUAAAGUCCCUUCAAGUGAAAGUCCCUGUUGUCGCUACAAUCACGCAAAAAAUGGACUCCAGUGGGAAAUUCAGUUAUUUGGUGGAUUCUUCGAGUACAGACGAGGAGCAGGAGAAUCUCAUCACACCCCUUGACUCACAAUUUUACCCGGAAAAACGCAGUGAUCAUUCGGAUCAAUCAUCGCCGGAAGAUUGCAAUGAACUCCUCGAGUUGGCAGCGCAGGGUGGAAUUCAAUUUGUACGUGCCACUGAGGAUGGUCGUUAUGAGGUGAUGACCAAUAGUGAGGCACGCGAACUCAUGUCACAAAAUUCCCACGACGUGACAAUUCUCGAUGGCGAAGAAGCUGAGGCAAUUAAUAUUGUUAAUUUACGGCAAAAUGAAACUGGUGUCAAUGUUGCUAAUGAUAAUAAUGUCAACGAUCAGCAAGAUACAAUGGUUAUUGAUUCAAUGAAGCCGGAGGAGAAUAAGGAAAUCUCAGCGAAUAAUAUUGAAAUACUGGGAGAUAAGGAGAUUCGUAUUCUUGAUAAUAGAGAAUUGGAUGAUCGAUAUGAGGAUGGCAUUUCUUUUCUUCCGUCGACGAAAAUUGAUGAUUUGAUUCUUGACACUAAGUUUGAUGAAAAUCUUCCCGUCGAUUGCGAUGAUCAUGGCAUGGGCAUUGGAACCGAUCGUCCAGACUACACGAACCUUUUGAAUCAUCGUCAGGAUAUUUCAACGAUAACAACAUCAUCUCAUUCAUCAAUUUCUUCCAUUCUAACUAAAUCCUAUCAUCCAUCAAUUCCCAAUGAAAAUACCCAAUUUUUGAAAAAUUGCGACGAAUUUGAUAUUAUCAAUAUGUCACCAACUGAGACUCACCAUUUAAUUCAGGAUUAUUCAAAAUUACAAGUACCCGGCUACGAUGAUUAUGAUUCAGUCGCAAAUUUAUCAACGAUUCAGCCGGAUUUCAGUUUUCUUGGUUCGAGAUAUUCUAAUAUGAGACAAAAUAAUAAUCAAACAUUUUACAGUUCAUUUGGCGAUAUGAAAAUUCUUGGUUCAAAGAAUUCACCAUCGGAAAUGAUUAUGCAAUAUCAGGACAUGAAGCUUUUUAAUAAUUUUGGAAAUUAUCUCGAUUCACAUGAGGAUAAAAUGGAUCUCAAGUUGUUAGGCAAGAAAAUUGAAACGGGAAUUUUUACCAAUUUGGAUAAUGGACUGAGAAAAUCGAUAUCCGACGUACAGGCGCCUUCUCGUUUUGGCUGACCAAAGACCUUUCUUGCCUGAGAACUCCAGAACUAUGUUUUUACUCCUGACGAAGCUUUCUGUGUAACGUCCCUUUUGACUUGGGAUCAAGCGCAAAUCCGAUUUCAGGUUGGUUACAAAAAAAAAAAUCCAAUUUCACUCGCAUUAUACACUUUUCUGACACUGAAUUAAUUAAUUCAUUUAUUCAUUUAUUCAUUAAUUCAUUAAUUCACAAUAAUUAGUUCACAAUUAAUUAAUUUACUCGAUUUUACAAAAUAGAAGUUAGGAUUUUAUCACUUUGCCUUAACAUUUUUUUAACAACCAUUUAUAUAUUAUUUUAUAUUUCUUGCAUAAAUGCAAAAACCAAAAAAUUAUAAACCAAAGAAAAUUUACAAGAAUUCCAAAAAAUUCAUGUGUUCUUAAUUUUUCAUUAGGAAUAGUUGAAUAGUUCAUAAUCAA